ACCAAAUCCACGGCCACACUUCCAGCCUCUCCUCUUAUUUAGCUCUCUCUGAACUGACAAUUCCUAGGAAUAACAAGGCACAAAAGGAAUGAGGACGACGCUGAUACCAAUACCAAUACCAUGCAGUUGAAGUAAAAAGUGUCGCGACACAAAAAAGGUACAUGUAGGGAGCAAGCUGAGAAAGAUGGAUGAGGAAGAGGUACAUAUUGCGGUGGGGAAGAAUUCAAGAAAGGAGAAAGCUAACAUACUAUGGGCUGCAGUGAAUUUCCCGAGGGCCACCAUAGUUCUUGUCCAUGUUCACUGGCCCUCUAAGUGGAUGCCUUUCAUGGGUGGCAAAGUUCUAUACAAGUUUGCUGAUGAAAAGGAGAAGGAGAUGCAUAGAGGCAGAGAAACGAAAGCUAUGGUCAACAUGUUAUCACAGUACAAAAAUCUGUGUGGUACAAGAAAGGUUAGCGCACAUUACCUUACACAUGAUGACACUGUUGCUGGUGUUGUGAACCUGGUAAAGAAGCUCAAAAUUAAGAGAAUCGUCAUUGGUUCAAGGAACAUGUCAAGGCAAGUGGCUCUUCGCCAAUGCUGUCAGGUUUGGGUGGUGCUCAAUGGCAAACACAUCUCCACCAGCAAUGAUCACUUGGAGCACAGUGGAAAUAUUGGAUAUGGAGGGAGCUCAGAUAUUUUAGCAUCUAUACAUGAGCUAGGUGAGGAAUCUGAUGGCUACAUGACACCACCAAGUGACCUCGCAGAUGAAAGCAUGGAUGAGGAGGAGCUGAAUGAAAUGGAUGAUUCUGAUCAAUUAGUAAUGGUACAAUACAUUGAUUGCUUCCACCAUGUUGUGCAGGAAGAUGAAACAAUGACUGAACAAGGCACAGAGGAAUCAGUCGCUUCCGACGUGAUGGAAGACUCUGCUGAAGAGGAUGCUGACCAAUCUGAUGAGAUACAGAGUUUCAGAAAUAUAACUGAAAAGGCUGAAAAAAUCAUGGAGGAAAUAGACAGACUCCAAAAGAAACUGAAAGAGCUGCAAGGAGAGGGCCCUAAUCGUGAUGCGAGGAGCUUGUCACCCAGACAAAUGGCUGCUUCGUUGAAGCGGAAGAGCCUAUCAGAACCUAGAUACCCAGAGUUACAAAUUCCAGAGAACAUUGAACGAUUCUCAACGUCGCAGAUUGGAAAAGCAACCGAUCACUUCCACUCAAGAAAUUUCAUAGGAGAAGGAGGUUAUGGUCCAGUUUACAAAGGAAAACUAGGUGACACGCCAGUGGCUAUCAAGAUGCUGAAGCCUCAUGGUAGACAAGGUUUCCCUGAGUAUCAGCAAGAGGUGAUGGUGCUGAGCAAAUUGGAGCACCCGCACAUCGUGAGGCUGAUGGGCGUGUGCCCGGAGUCGUGCAGCCUCGUGUACGAGCACCUCCCCAACGGCACGCUCCUGGAGAGGCUCUCCAAGGGCCUCCUGUGGAAGGACCGCGUCAGGAUCCUCGCCGAGCAGCGCUCGGCGCUGGCGUACCUCCACUCCAGGCGCCCCCACGCCAUCAUCCACGCCGACCUCAAGCUCACCAACAUCCUCCUGGACGCUGGCAACGUGAGCCGGCUGGGGGACUUCGGGACGGCGCGGGCGGUGCACGUGAAGCCGCUAGAGGAGGAGACCAUCGGCCGGCGCACCAACCCGAUGGGGACGACGGGGUACAUGGACCCGGUGUUCUUCAUGACCGGCGAGCUCACCACGGAGUCGGACGUGUACGCGUUCGGCGUGGUGAUCCUGCAGCUGCUCACGGGGCUGCUGGACCUCAACGUCGCGGAGCAGGCGCGCGAGGCGGUGAAGAUGGACGCGGUGCAUAGCGUGCUGGACGUGUCCGCGGGGGCCUGGCCGGAGGUGCAGGCGGAGCGGCUGCUCAAGCUGGCACUGAGGUGCUGCAGCCUGGAGAGGAAGCGGCGGCCGGCUAUCACGUCCGACGCCGAGUGGAGAUCGCUCGACAUCCUACGGGCCAUGGCAACGCCAGCUAGUAAAUCCUGGAAAUGGAAUUCCCAUGGAAGCUGAACUAGCUUGCUGAAUGAUGUACAGUAUGGACUUCUUAGUAUGUUGCUGCAAAUGCCAUGAAAACUAGUAUUAGCUAGUAGUCCAACAGUAGUAUUAUCUAGUCAUUCUCUUGUGAUUAGAUAAGCAUAUCCAAGAAUAAAUCUGAAUUAGAAUAUACUGAAAAUAUUUAGUAGUACAGUAGAAACAAGCGUGUGAACACAAGAAUUUGAGCAAAUGCUAGAUGGAGUGGCAAUUGGUUAACCAAGAUAACUAUUCAGGUGCACGGUGAAUUUUUUGGAACGUGCACCAACAUC